AUGCCUUCCGCCUCCAAGGAGAAGCGCCUCGCAAAGAAGGCCGCUGAGGGCAAGCUCAAGGGCGGUAAGGCCGCCAAGCAGGCCGAGCCUGAGCUCGAUGCCCACGGCAACCCCAUCGUCAGCGAUGAACCCGCUACCAACGACAAGAGUGCCGCCGAGAUCGACCGCCUGGCCUCGCAGAUGGACAAGCACGGUAUCUCCGACCGUGUCACCACUGGUGUCCUCUCUUCGGUCGCCUCCAGCAAGGACGUCAAGAUCACCAGCGCCAGUCUCGUGUUCCACGGACGUGUGCUCAUCACAGACUCGACCAUGGAGUUGUCCUUUGGUCGCCGCUACGGUCUCCUUGGAGAGAACGGCUGCGGAAAGUCCACCCUCCUCAAGGCCAUUGCCGCCCGCGAGUACCCCGUCCCCGAGCACGUCGACAUCUACCUGCUGAACGAGGGUGCCCCUCCCAGCGAGCUCGGUGCCCUCGAGUGGGUCGUCAAGGAAGCCGAGACUGAGCUGGAGCGCCUGGACAAGCUCGCCGAGAAGCUCCUUGAAGACGAAGGCCCUGAGAGCCCCGUCCUCAUCGAUCUCUACGAACACAUGGACAAGAUGGACCCCUCCACCUUUGCUACCCGUGCCUCUCUCAUCCUGACUGGUCUCGGUUUCAACAAGAAGACCCUCCACAAGAAGACCAAGGACAUGUCUGGUGGCUGGAGAAUGCGUGUCGCUCUUGGAAAGGCCCUCUUCGUCAAGCCCUCGUUGCUCCUGCUCGAUGACCCCACUGCCCAUUUGGAUCUCGAAGCCUGUGUGUGGCUCGAGGAGUACCUCAAGAAGUGGGAGCGCACCCUUGUCCUCGUCUCCCACUCGAUGGAUUUCCUGAACGGUGUCUGCAACCAGAUGAUCGACAUGCGCGACAAGGAGCUCAAGUACUACGGUGGUAACUACGACUCGUACCAGAAGACACGGUCCGAGAACGAGACCAACCAGAUGAAGGCCUACACCAAGCAGCAGGAUGAAAUUGUCCACAUCAAGAAGUUCAUUGCCAGUGCUGGUACCUAUGCCAACUUGGUCAAGCAGGCCAAGUCCCGCCAAAAGAUUCUCGACAAGAUGGAGGCCGAUGGCUUCAUCCAGCCCGUGACACCCGACCGUGUGUUCAGUUUCCGCUUCGCCGAUGUGGAGAAGCUGCCCCCUCCCGUUCUGUCUUUCGACAACGUCACAUUCUCGUACUCCGGAAACCCCGAGGAUGACCUCUACCGCAACCUCGAACUUGGUUUCGACAUGGACUCCCGAACAGCCCUUGUCGGCCCCAACGGUGUGGGCAAGUCGACUCUGCUGCGUCUCAUGACCGGCAAGCUAUCGCCCACUGGUGGUUCCGUCACCCGCCACACUCACUUGAAGCUCGGUCUCUACUCGCAGCACAGCGCUGAGCAGCUUGACCUGACCAAGUCGGCGCUCGACUUUGUGCGCGACAAGUACCCCCAGAAGUCGCAAGACUACCAGUACUGGCGCCAACAGCUUGGCAAGUACGGUCUCAGCGGAGACUCCCAGACUGCCCUGAUGGGCACCCUGUCAGAGGGCCAGAAGAGCCGUAUCGUCUUUGCCCUGCUCGCCAUCGAGAGCCCCAACAUGCUGCUGCUCGACGAGCCUACCAACGGUCUUGAUAUCCCCACCAUUGACAGUCUCGCGGACGCCAUCAAUGCUUAUAGCGGCGGUGUUGUCGUCGUGUCCCACGACUUCCGUCUCCUCGACAAGAUUGCCAAGCAGAUUCUCGUGUGCGACAACCGUGCGAUCCAGGAAUGGGAUGGCAGCAUUGGCGAGUACAAGAACUACCUGCGCAAGAAGAUGAUCAACGCCGGCGCUGUCUAA